UGUAAACACACCUGGAACUAAAGCGACACCUGUACAGGAAACAUGAUUAAUGAGAAGAAUUUGAAAUUUCUUAAUGUUAGAAAUGUAAUUAACAACCCUUAAUUAUCUGAAAACGCCUUAAGAAAUUCGUGAAAGGUUAUAAGAUGGCUUGUGAGAACAUUGGCAAUUGUGCCUUUGCCUCAUUGAUAUCAGCACUACUUGUAUUUUUUGGAGUUGGUGUAUACUGUGGAACCCUUUACAGAGCAUUACAGAUCUUUAUUACACAGAUUCUGGAGGAUAUUUUUGGAUUUAAUGUACCAUGGUUAGAAGUUAUACAGAUUGUUUUUGUUGUCAUAGGUGUUGUCAUGGGAAUGUUUGCAAUUCUCCUUUUGGUGUUUGGUUUCCUAGCAACAGGGGCUACCAGGAAAAAUGUUUACUCUGGUAACAAAUGCAUUAUGGGAGGCAGAGUGUCUGCAGGAUUUUUUAUGUGUAUAUCAUACCUACUGAAUCUUGUAUGGAUUGGUAUGUUAGGAGUGGGCGUCGUCCCAGUUGUUGCGUACCUCAUGGUCUCAUCCAGAUGUGAUAAUAGUGUGUACAAUAAAUAUCAAAAUGGUCAAGUGACAUGUAUCAAUCUUAACCACUAUGGAAUUUAUAGAAAUCAAAGUUACAUUGCUAUUGGACAGUUGCCACCAGGAAAAGAAAGUGUUUGUGAUCCUAAUGACCUGAGGAGAUUAUGUGAUAAGAUAGCUGAAGCAGGACCUCUGUUUUGUGUGGCAUGUGCUGGAGCUGUUGUAAUUAUAAUGGGAAUGACAAAUUUUCUUCUAACACUUGCCACAAAUUACACCAGAUUAAAGAUCUCCAAAGAACUAACAGAGUAUCGUGAUGCUGUGGACAUGGAAGAAUUAGAAUUGAACAGUCGAGACGGAGGAUCAAGAUGACAGCUUACAGCCCACCCAGCUCAUUAAAAUUCACUUUCUAUCUCAUAAAUAUUCAUGAUGUCUCUUCUUAAUCUUUCUAGACUUUUGAUUAGUCAAUCUUUGCUAGACUUUUGAUUACUCUUUUAUUAUUUUUUGUAAUAAUUUGCUUGUUGUGAAAAUCAUCACAUGAGUAUAAUCAGUGAUUUUUUAUUGUGCCAUUUUAAUCAGUGUAUAUUAUGUGCAUUUUCACAGCAAAAGAAUAAGCUUUUAUAUAUAAACUUUAUUUUUAAGACAGGCUAAAAUGAAAACUUUUUUCUUAUUUCUGAUUGUUUUUUUUUUCUGUAAACCCUGUGUGUAUGCUGUAUUAUUUGUGGGUUUUCUUUAAACAUAUCUAUUUUGGUAUAAAUUCAAUCUGAUUUGCUUACGAGGAUCUGAAAAUGCUUGGUUCUACUUUCUGUUCUAAAGAACUUUCGGGAUCCUCUGGUUUUGUUAGAUUAAUACAACCCUUCAAAAAUUUGAAAGCUGAAAUUUCAUUGGCUGAUGUAAUGAUUAUCAGAAUAGAAAGUAAAACGGAUUGUUGUCAGAUCUUUGUAAGCAUAGCCUAGAAACAGGAUUUGCAUCUUAAUCAGAUUGGUAUGAAUUUUACAAUUUUUUCUAAUUUGUUAUCUAAAUGGCUUUAUAUCUUAUUCAAGUCAAAGAUUUAACUUUUCUGGACAGUUGGUUUACAGAAAAAAGACUAAAUAAUAAUAUUGUAAAAGAUUAAAGUUUUUAUUUUGUCCUGAUUUUUCUUUAAUGGUAAGACACAGAAUUAUUUUGUAAAGCAAUUUUGUUUCCUUUUCCUGCUCUUGAUUUGUUUGUAUACUUUUUGAUUUUUUGUAGUCUAUGAUGUUUUGCAUUAUAUAACAGAGCUAUGGUGGGCAUAUUGAUGAAGAAAAACCAAAUUGUACAGAUACAUUUUUAAAAACAUUUAUUGAUAUUUACAAGAAUCAAAAAAUCAUUUUAUGGACAUAUGCUGUUUUGUUUUUUAUAAAUAUUGUGUUAUUCUUACUUCAUUGGAUGAUAUUCUGUAAAGUUUAGGUAUUGUGCAAGAGUGGCUUUGGCCUGAUGACAUGACAGUGUUUGAAAGGGAUAGACAUAAAGUAUGAACCUGCAACACUCAUCACCAAAAAAUCUUAACAGCAAAUAGACUCUUAAUUAAGUCAUGAGAAUAGUAUAAUUUACAAUUGAUUUAAAUUGUAAAAAAAUUUUUUAUUGAAAGAGUCUCUGGAAAUCAGCUUAAAUCUUUCAUAUUGAAUCAAUUAUGCAUAUCAAACAAUACAUCUCUACACUAUGUGUAUAUUUCAGUAAUUAUACAGUCAUAUCAAUCCAUUACAUAUCCAACUGAAUGUGAUGAACUCCCUAAAUGCAUGUAGUUAUAAUAUGUUUUGUAAGUGUCUAUGAAUUUAAUGUUUAACAUUUGUAAACUGAGGCAUGUAACAUGUUUUUUUUUAUAUAAUUUCGCUUCAGAAUGAUUUUUACAUGGUGUAGAUUAUCCAUUGCCAACUUUGAUUGUUUAUUAUUUCUUAUGUAAAUAGAAAACUAAUGAUUUACAAGUUAGAAGUGAUAACUGAUGAUAAUGAUUGAAUCUAUUUCUUGAAAGCUAUUUUGUGUAAAACAUGGAUGAUUUUGAAGAGUUGUCAUACUUAAAUUUUUUGUGAUGUUUUUAUAUUGUAUUUUUAUCAUAAGACCAUGUAAAAACUAUAAUUGUCAACUUUAAGUUUUGAUUUUAAGAUAAUUUAAAAGUACAAUUGAACCUCGUUGUGUUGAAUUUGGUUCCUUUGAAAACACUGAUAAAUCGAGGUUCAAGGCAUUUGUAAUGCUGAUGAGUCAAACACGGUUGAUUCGAAAUCUCGGUUAACUCAAAUAUAUUUUCAGCGUCCCCUGGUAGAAAAAUUAACAUAAAUUUACAUCAGUGUGUCAUACUUUGAAGUAAAAAAAAUAUUGGAAAAAAAACCAGUUUCAAUUAGAUAUAAUGAAUCAAAUAAAGCUUCCUUAAUAGAUCUAUGUUAUUCAACUAUUUUGUAUAACAAUCAGAUUGGCAUAUUACACUUAUUGUUUGUCAACAAAUUCAAUGUUUGACCAUGCAGAAAGUUAUGUCUGUGAAACAUUUUAGCAGCGAUAAUUAUGGAAGGAAUUAAUAGACCCAAGCUGAGAAAUUCAUAAAAGAUCAAUGAAUUAUGAAACUUAUAUAGUUGUUGUUUAUCAAAUUUUUCUUUAAAGAUUUAGACUUGACCUCAGCAAAUAGCAGAUAAGGAGAAAGUUGGAAAAUUAUACAUCUGUAACAAUUUGUUUCGAUUCGCAAAUACUUCUGUAUUUCCUUAUCUUUAUAAACAUCAGAUGUGAACUAUAUAUUGGCCUGUUCUGUGUUUUUUUAUGAAAUCAAUAACUUUUUAAUACUGCAUGUUCUGUCGAUGCAUAUAGAUUGGUAUAAAAAAAUACGUUUUUUUGCCAAUACAUAUCAGGCUGACAACAAAAGGUACAAUAUUGAAAUGGUACAACAUGAUGACCUGGAGACCUUGGAUGACCCCAACAUCUAAUGAGUUGAAUAGUUAUGUCAGGUCCCUCCAACUUCGACUUAUUGAGGUUCAACUGGAAUAUUUUUUUUUAGUGUUGUUAAAUCUUCAGAUAUUCCGAUUAUUUGAUAUAUUUCCUUGAACUGGGUAUACUGUUAAUAAUGAUAAAACAAGCAUUUGGUUUUCCUAUACAGCCAGGUACUUUAUAUUUAAAGGAACAAAUUUUUGUUUAAAAUAUUUCUUUGUGUAAGUAGAAAAUUUUGAAAAUAAAAAUGUUUUAUUACAAGUCAUACAUGUAAAUUAAGUGAAAGCAAGUUUUAACACAUGAGACAUGGAAUCCUAUUUUCCACUGUCUUAUUAUAUCAUCUAGAAGAAAUUUUAACAGUAGAUUAACAUGUACAUAUAUAGUUUUAUUUGCAGUAACAAAGUAAAUAUAUGUCACAAUUAUUUAAUUUUUUUUACAAAGGUGCUAGGCCAUCAAUUUAAAUAAAUUUUGGUAAGAUAUUUUUUUCUUCAGAAAUACAAAUGGUAGAAUCUGCUAUUUUAUGAACCAUUAAUAUAAAAGAUGUCUAUUGAAAUCUAAAUCCAAUUCAUGUAAUAAUCAUCCCAUUAAAAUUGUCAAGAAUAUAUUCCAUCGAUCAUUGAUAUUUUAUAUGUUGUUUUGUAUGCAUAUAUGGUACAUUUCAGGUUCAGUUUUCAGGAACAACUCUAUCAGCCAUUUUCCAGAUGCAGAUUGACAUUGUUCUGUGUCCACAUUUUUUAACUUUAUAAUUAACUACACAGUUUCAUUAUACAUAAGGUGUGCGGAUAGAAAUCGAUCUUAUGCAAAUGAAUAUCAAUUCAUCUGUUAACUUAUUUUGGGUUGAAAAAUCCCUAUGCAAAGUCUGUAACUGUUUGAAAAUUAAGUUGAUAUAAGAUCCCUACAAAACAGACCCAAAUUUAUCUUUUAGUUCGUUUUGAAUGUUGCGAAAUCAAUCAAAGCAGUAUACAUGUACUUGUAUACAUGCACUUGCAUACGGUCGAUUUCUAUCCGACGCACUCAUGUUAUCAUUUUCUAACUGGUUGUGAUAUAUAUAAAUCCAUUUAUGUAAAAUGUUCUGUAUUGUUGUGAACAAAUAUAUAUUUUAUAUGUGGCUAAUAAAUGUAAUAAUAUCUA